GGUAAACAGGUUAAAACGGAAUUUUGUGUCGGUGUUUUGGCGGUGUCUUGAUAAACACAAGGCUUUAAACAAACUUAAGGCAAAUCGCAGGCGCGCCAGCGUGGCAUGGCCCGGCCGGCCGAGGCGGACGACAUCAACUUCGUCGAGCUGGAGCGGGAGUUGCGCUCAGCCAUCGAGCAGGACGAGCGGCGCGCCCUCCAGAACGAUGCCAAACUGCGCGCCGUCCAGCAGAGGGUCGGCUCUUAUGACGAAUUCAGGGAGCUGGUGAAGGCGGCACACCUGCGGCCGCUGGGGCGACGCGACACGCUGGCGGCAGCCGCCGACCGCGGCCCCGUCUGGAACAGUUUGACCACCGCGGGCGCCACCUACAUGAACCAGGUGCGCUGGCUGGUGUGCGGGCCGCUGGCCCUCCGGUUCGGCCGCGUGACCGGACAGCUGGUCCGGGACUGCCUGGCGGCGCGGAACUGGCCGACCGGCGUGGCCGGACGCAGUCGCCAUCUGCUGCGCGCCAUGGGCGCCGCCGCGCUCGGCCACGUGCUGCGCGCCGAGAUCCCCGCCGGUCUGCUCGGCGAGGUGCUGCACACGCUGCUGGCCUUCACGCCCACCACGGCCGAGGUGGUGCUGGUCGUCCAGCUGCUGCAGGCCAUGUCGGAGGCCAAGAGGUUUAACUUAAGUCUACAGUUCCUGUCAUCACAAGAGAAGAAGACUUGUGAGCAGCUGAUGGAGAAGCUAUUGUAUAGUUUAGAAGGUCGCCAGCAGGACCUGGCCGACGUCGGCAUCACCGAGUGGACGAUAAAGGAGCUGAGAAUCAAGUACAAGGUGUAGUAACGCCCGACGUCCGCUGACGGCGGACGGCCGGCGCCGGCCCGGUGCCAACCGGGGGUACAAAGGACUGCCGUGCCGCCGCGUCGCCCCGGGCGGCCGCUCCGUGGGCCGCGGGGUGGCACCGGCCGCUCAGGGACGCCCCCCUGACCUCGGCUCUGUGCGGACGCGCGGACGUGUGUCGCGGUCUGAGCAGGUGUCGGGUGAUAGACUGGCGAGCUCGCGCCGCGCCGGGCGCUGGGUGCCGCUGCCGCCGGGUCCGGUCCGUGAUUCUGCGCAGUAUGCCCCGCCAGAAGGGAGGACGGGCCCGUGGAGCGGCUCGUAGUGGCCCUGCGGACGGACGGGCGAUGGACGGGCGAGUGCGUGGCGCUGGAGUGCAGUUUGGACGGCGACUCCGAGCGACGACGAGGCCGCCAAGGUAUUGAUGCAGGUUUCAGGGGCGUUGUCGCAUACACAUAUCAGUGACGUGGGCUUCGGAACGCGUUGGCGGCCAAGGAGCCGCGCGGCGUCGCGUGGAAGGCAGCAUUGCGGGACUGACCAAUGCGACUGCGUUUGUGCGAGGCGGACUAGAUUUCAGCAUUAACACCCCAUCGUUUCACCUUGCUCGUUCCAUCGCUCGUAGGCUGCCAACAACUGGAACCUGGUUGCAUACUUGCGCAAAAUGAGGAGUUGCUGCCAUGAGUCAAGGCAGGCCGCGCCCAUGUGGAAGAGAGCCAGCUGGCGUGCGGCUUGGCCCGCGCGUGCUGGUGCGUGCCCCCGUAUGGCCCCGCGCAUUCCAAGGAGUUGGGCUCUCGACUGCCACCGUCGGCUCCGUCCCGAACAGCUGCUGCGCCCCGGCGCGGGUGCGCCUGGUGGCGGUGUCCUGUGAUACGUCAUCGGUGCGUAGCAGGUGUGUGCUGUAAAACCCUGUGUCAAAUAAACUGCCCCGUUUGCGAGCGGGUCGUGGAGUCUCGA